CCGAUUCAAUUUCAGCUGAAGCUCGAUUUCACCGCAUUGCGAAGUGCUCCAUGGAACAAUGCCCACGUUGUGAACGGCCCAGUGUACUUCUGUGGCCGAUGUGCUUCCAAUAAGACCUGGGUGAUGGGCUUUUGAACUCAGUGUAAACCUCAAGGACCCCUCUCCUCUUCACUGCAAUGUCGUUCUAUGCUGGCCAUCGAUCUCGACGUGGAAUCGCUAUUAGCGCUCCUUUGACUCCUUUGAAGAGGCUUGAGCAGCUGGAGGGGCUCGUUGACGAGUUCAAUAUCGAGCCUCUGACUUUGGACGUUACUCCAACCCUUCUAACCCGGGACGCGAAUGCUCGUCAAGACCGGCGCAGUGCGCUGGCAGAGGCCCGGAAGCAAGUUGAGGCGCAACUUGCUCGUUUGAACCGUAUCACCGACAAGAUUCGUCAGAAGCGUGCUCUUCUCAAUCAACGGCGAGCUGCUCUAGCCAAUGCCAAUUCCCCGGUCGAGGCAAUUCCCCCUGAGGUCCUUGGAAUCAUCUUCAAAUACGCCACCUCGUAUGAUCCACCAUUCGGCCCUGUACACCCCCCCUUAAGUCUCUCCCAUGUUUCAUCGUACUGGCGACGCGUAGCGUUUCAACAUGCAACCCUCUGGACCCGGAUAAUGGUUGGCACCUUUCAGAAUCGUUCCGGUCUUUUGAAGGAAUGGAUGCACCGAAGUGGAGAGGCCCCUCUUAGCGUGGUGGUAAAUGAGGCGCUGGAUUGGAGGGCCAUGUCUUCACUCUUCAUCCCAAAAUUUGUACCCCGUUUUCGUAGCCUCGAAGUUCAAGGGGGCUAUGACAUGACGACCUCUGGAUCCAGAUUCGAAACCAUGAAAUUCCCUUCCCUCGAGUCUCUCACCAUGGUAGGCGCGCCAAUUAUCAGCAUGAGCGGGAUUUCGUUCGAUAAUUGGACGCUGCCCAAACUCCAUUCAUUGGACCUAGCCUACCUGAAGUUGCGAGACCCAGGCUAUAAGUUUGGGGGCCAGCUCAGAAGUUUGGCCUUAAGGGGGUUCAACUACGACGUGGAAUCAAUUCGUAUCAUUCUGGAUAGAUGUCCAAACCUUGAACAUUUAUCCAUCGGCGGUUUAGAGUUCGGGCCUAUCGUUCAGCAUUUCGGGCCGGAAGCAUCGGCGUGGGAAAGCUGCACUUUGGAGAAUCUUCGGUCACUAGAACUUCAGUGUUGUCCAGCAGACACAUGGGAGUACUUUGCUAAAUGUGUCAAGGUACCCAACCUUGAGUCCCUUUCAAUGACUCUAGGUCGAAGUACCACAGAUAUUCAUUGGAAUCCUGCGGUAAUUGAUGCUGCGGACCUCGUAUUUAAUUCUACAACUCUACCCAACUUCAAAAAAUUAUCCAUUGACGGCGAGGAGGGCGCAGUAUGCAGACUCCUCGAAAGAGUGACUUCUGCGAUACUGCUUGACGGAUCGCCAGCUCCCAUAAGACCCCCAGGGCUUGAGGUCCUACAUCUCUUUGACCUCAAGUACAACAUCAAAAUGCCGACUUCCACAUCGCUAACCCGCCUCGUUCAGCAAUAUAUUGAAAUGUUAUGGGAACAAGCCCCCACUACUCCGACUGGGCGUUUUGCGGUGCCGCGUCUCGUGGUUCCGCGGGAAUUGCUGGGUGAAUUGUUCGAAUGGUACAAAGGCCGAGUAGAGGUUCUCGAACUUCUACGCGCUCCCUGUUAG